UCUUGUCUAAAAACAGGAAGGAAUCGAGCAGAACGAGCAGGAGUCUGUAAAGCAGGUAGUCAUUAUUCACUCUGACAAGAUGUGCACGGCUAAAUGUUCAAAAUGCAUUGCUUUUUCUCUGUAUCCGUUUGUGUUCAUCUCCAUCCUCUGCAACAUCGUGCUGUUCUUCCCCGCCGGGAGCGUCCAGUACGCCAGAGAAGGACACAUCACUGAUGAGGUGAAAUACAUGGGGGGGCUCCUCGGAGGAGGUUUGUUGGUGUUGAUCUCAUCGAUCUACAUCAACUUCACCGGAGAAAAUGGCUGCUGUGGGAAUCGCUUUGGGAUGUUCUUUUCCAUUGCCUUCGCUGCAGUGGGUGUGGCCGGGGCCCUGUACAGCUUCACUGUGGCGUUGCUCGGAUUGAAUAGUGGGCCCCUCUGCAGAGUUGGUGCUGACUGGACAACACCUUUCAAACACAGUAAUUCCUCCUACCUGGCCGACUCUUCCUUGUGGGGAAAGUGCGAAGAGCCUAAGAACGUGGUGCAGUUCAACUUUGGACUGUUCCUCACCCUCGUGGCCACCAGCUGUCUGCAGGGGUUGCUCUGUGCCAUCCAGAUGAUCAACGGCCUCGUUGGCUGCCUGUUUGGAGCCUGCAACCAAAAAAAGGAGCCAUGAGUAAGGAGGAACUAAUACCACUUCUGAAGAUUUGAAUGGUGCCACCUACUGGAAGGUGUGCCUUGCUUCCUCUGAAUGAAAUGCUUUGCUACUGCUGUCGUAUGGAAGAUUAUUAAGGCCUAAAAGAAAAUAAAUUAUGGGAAGAAGUUUUCCUGAAAUGCAAUGAGUUAAUAUACCAAGAACAAAGUCAGAUCUCAUUAUUUUGCCAGGUAUAAUAUAAUAUAUGUUUUGUCAUUUUAAUACAAUCAAAAAGUUGAGAAUAAAAUUGACAUUUCAAGAUUAAAUUGGGACUUUUCUAAAAUAAUGUUCUUGUUUUAACUAUGCUUCACAGUAUUACAAAUAAUUAAUGCUUAUUAUUGUCAAGUUUUACAAUUACAUAGCUUGACUGUUGACUACAAUAAAAGUACACCCUUUUUAUCUACACAAA